UGGUGAUCCACUGGUUUGAGAUCAGGCUACUAAUACAGGAGGUGGAGCAGGCAGAGAAAGUCAAGCAGUCAGUCCUAACCCGUCUCUCCAACAUGGGAACUUUUUUAGACCGUCUAUGGAUAUUUUCUGGUUUAUUAUUAGCUUCUUCUGAAGUUCUUGGCUCAAACAUCUGCACAUCUCGAGGGGUGAGCACCUGCAGACAGUGUUUGGCUAUCCACCCUAGCUGUGCUUGGUGCUUUAAGGAAGAGUUUGGCCAAGGGGGCUCCAGUGUGUCCCGUUGUGACCUGAAGCAGAACCUGUUGGAUGGGGGGUGUACGAAGGGGGAGCUAGAGUUCCCCUUCAGUACCAUCAGUGUGCAAGAAAACACGCCCCUCAGUGACAAGGCAUCGGGGGCUGCUGACGACGUCACCCAGAUCAGACCCCAGAAACUCAGCCUCACUCUGAGACCAGAUGAUGCCAGGCGUUUCACAGUGACAGUGAAGCAGGUGGAGGACUACCCAGUUGACCUGUACUAUCUGAUGGACCUCUCCUACUCCAUGAAGGACGACUUGGCCCGCCUGCGCUCCCUGGGCAACCAGCUGGCUGCAGCCAUGGGCCGCACCACCAGCAACCUGCGUAUGGGCUUUGGGGCCUUUGUGGACAAGCCCCUGUCCCCAUAUAUGUACACCUACCCUGAGGAAGCAAUCAGUAACCCUUGCUAUGGGAUCCAGACGCGGUGCCUGCCUCAGUUUGGCUACAAGCACGUGCUGUCUCUGACCAAGCAGGUGGAGCGCUUCACCGAGGAGGUGGCGAAGCAGCAGGUGUCUCGUAACAGAGACUCUCCAGAGGGAGGCUUCGACGCGGUCAUACAGGCAGUGGUGUGCAAGGACAAGAUAGGUUGGCGUGGGGAUGCCUCCCACCUGUUGGUGUUCACUACCGAUGCUACGACACACAUAGCCCUGGACGGCCGGCUGGCUGGUCUAGUGCAGCCCAAUGAUGGACAGUGUCACAUCGACAGAGACAACAACUAUGACAAGUCGUCAACCCUGGACUACCCCUCUCUGGCUCUGAUCACAGAGAAGAUGUCUGAGAACAACAUCAACCUCAUUUUCGCUGUGACCAACAAUGUGAUGCCACUCUACCAGAACUACAGCCAGCUGAUCCCUGGCACCACGGUUGGAACGCUGUCGGAUGACUCCGGGAAUGUGAUCCAACUCAUCCUGGAUGCUUACGAGAGGAUCCGUUCCAAGGUGGAAUUGGAGUUGCUGGGUGUUCCAGAGGAGCUGGCUCUGUCCUUCAAUGCCACCUGCCUCAACGGAGAGCUCAUCCAGGGACUCAAGUCCUGCUCCGGACUUAAGAUCGGAGACACAGUGUCGUUCAGUGUGGAGGCAAGGUUACGCGGCUGCCCUAAGGAGAAGAACCGUACCUUCACCAUUAAACCUGUGGGCUUCAAGGACGCCCUGGAGGUUACGGUCCACUUCGCCUGCGGGUGUGACUGUGAGGCCACAGCCCAGCCCGAGAGCCCUCUCUGUAACCAGGGAAAUGGGACCUACGAGUGUGGUGUGUGCCAGUGUCACCCGGGGCGCCUGGGAGACCGCUGUGAAUGUGCCGACGGAGAGUACAGGCUCUCAGACCAGGGCAACUGCAGCCCCAAACCUGAUGACCCCAUCUGCAGUGGGAGGGGCAACUGUGUGUGUGGCCAAUGCUCCUGCCACACUAGUGGCUUUGGAAAGGUGUGGGGCAAGUACUGCGAGUGUGACGACUUCAACUGCCUGCGCUUCAAAGGAGAGAUCUGCUCAGGCCAUGGGAAAUGUGACUGUGGCUUCUGCAAGUGUGGCUCUGACUGGAUGGGGGAGAACUGUAACUGCACAACCCGGACAGACACCUGCAUGUCCAGUAUGGGCCUGCUGUGCAGCGGCCGGGGCCAAUGUGUGUGUGGGGCCUGUGAGUGCACCCAGCCAGGGGCCUACGGGGCCACUUGUGAGAGGUGUCCAACUUGCCCUGAUGCCUGCAGCAUCAAGAAGGAAUGUGUUGAAUGUAAGCACUUCAAGAGAGGCCGUCUCUUUGAGGAGAAAAGCUGUGCCCGAAUCUGCAGGGAUGAAAUUCAGAAGGUGGAAGAACUAGUCUUUUAUGAGAAGAAUGCUGUGAACUGCACCUAUAAGGAUGAGAAUGACUGUGUAGAGCGCUUCCAGUACUACGAGGAUGCCAGCGGAAAGUCCAUCCUGUAUGUCAUGGAGCCUGACUGUCCUAAAGGGCCUGAUAUCCUGGUGGUUCUCAUGGCGGUGGCGGGGGCCAUCUUGUUUCUGGGUCUGGCUGGCCUGCUCAUCUGGAAGCUGCUGGUCACCAUCCACGACCGCCGAGAGUUCGCCAAGUUUGAGGAGGAGAGGGCUAAGGCCAAGUGGGAUACGGCUAACAACCCCUUGUACAAAGGAGCCACCACCACUUUCACCAAUGUGACCUACCGUGGGAACACUUGAGGGACUCUUGACCAAUCACAAUCAGCAAAACUCAGGGGUUUAUAAGAGAGAUGCAAUGUAGUGACACAGAGGGGGUUGGUGAGGCGGACCCUCUCCACCGUCGUGAUAAAGUGUGCUGACUCUACUGUCAGUGAAAUACGUUUGUUGAUAUUACACUGUAGUGAUGGUAUUCUAUAUAUCAUGUGAAAACCAAAGCAUUAAAACUGCCUUAUCCAACAUUUCGAUAUCCGUCCAAAUUAUGGCAGGGCCUCCAGGACCCCUAUUUCACCCACAAAGUGUGACGUCAUUCCCAGAAUAAGGCCAGGUGUAGUUCAGAGACCCCAAACCGAACUUUAAAGACAAAGACUGUUAUGCUCUGUUGUUUCAUGAAAUUGCACUGCACACACCACAGCACACACCACAGCACACACCACAGCACACACCACUGCACACACCACAGCACACACCACAGCACACACCACAGCACACACCACAGCACACACCACAGCACACACCACUGCACACACCACAGCACACACCACAGCACACACCACAGCACACACCACAGCACACACCACAGCACACACCACAGCACACACCACAGCACACACCACAGCACACACCACAGCACACACCACAGCACACACCACAGCACACACCACAGCACACACCACAGCACACACCACAGCACACACCGCAGCACACUUGCCCACAGGCCUCUUUCACAAACGAACUGGUUGUAGUAUGUUAUUAUGGAACCGAACUGCUUGCUUCUACUGCCAUGGUUUACUUGCGUUAUGACACUAAACUCAGGUAUUCACACUGUAUUAUAAAAAGGUCAAAGCCAAUACCUGUAAUAAACAGCCACAUGGGAUAUCAUGCAUGAGUGAAUUAUGUUUUAGUUAAUGGUGCUGGUGCCCAAUGUAUGCUGUAUGUUAAAAUAUGUCAAUGUUACAUUUAAUGUGUUUUGGGAAUGAGUGGCUUUUUGGUUAGAUUAUUGGUUUUACUAUGUUGAUUUUAAAAAAGUGAAAUCACUCAUCUAUUUUUCUGUCUUUUUUUUAUAGCAAUUUCACUCUGCUAAGAAACAUUUUUUUUAUUUUAUUAUCUGCUUUUGCGUUUUGCUUUUAUAUAUAACAUCAUGUGUGUAAUUGAAUGAGUAGAGUAUCAAUAACACAUUGUGCAAACCAGUACAAACACGAUUUGCCAUGGAUAAAGAUACGGAGAUUUCUGCGCAUGUGCAGGAUUUCCACUCCGCUGCCUUUGUAGCUGUUGCUCAAGCGCUCGGUUGCGGCUUCACCCACCCGUAACAUGAGCAUCUCGUAAUUAUAUACAGAUCUCCGGUUUCAGACACUUGCGAAUUAAAAAGUUGAAUUGGCAGGUGUACAGUGCACUGCUAAGAUGCUGGCUAACCCCUAAAGUACAUUGGUGUUUUGCCAAAAGUAUAUAACUACCCCUGUCUAAAUAAAAUCAUUCCAAAAACUUUA